AUGGAGCCUGAGGUCUCGGAGACUGAGUUCUGGGAUGAACUCCAAACGAUCGUCUCCAAGUCUUGUGACUCCGAAGACCUGAUCGACGACGCCCUCCGAGCUUAUCUCAGUCUAACGACUCAAUACAAAGGUGAAUACCUCCGAUCGGAAACCGAUAUCUCGCGCUGUUCCUAUAAGCUCUUCACGUCGAGUAUCUUUGCCAGUCAUGCGGACUACGUUCGACGACAGAUUAUCUACGGUCUCCUACAGGAAGAUGACCCAAACGUCCUCCAUUUCCUUGCGUCGUUCAUCCUCUUCGACGGCCGACAAAAUGAGAAUGUGCUUCAAAUGCUGAACUCGGAGGGCGCGUUUGCGCGUCUCCUUGAACUCAUACAGGCUAUGCGGAGGGCGGAUUUGGACGGCGAUGCGGGUCUCCAUCGCCUGUUGAUGGAUCUGAUUUAUGAGAUGUCGAGAAUACAACGAGUCAAAAUAGAGGAUCUGGUGCUUGUGGACGACGAUUUCAUUCGGUGUCUCUUUGAUAUCAUCGAAGAUCUGUCGUACGAUGUCACGGACCCCUACCACUAUCCUGUCAUUAGGGUGCUGCUGGUGCUCAAUGAACAAUUCAUGAUAUCAGCCCAUGACCCGGUUGAUGGUGCACCCUCGGGGCAUCUGACUAACAAGGUCAUCAAGAUCCUAUCCGUCUAUGGCGGAAUGUACAAAACAUUUGGAGAGAACAUUAUCCUUUUGAUCAACCGUGAAGCCGAAACAUCUCUGCAGUUGCUAACAUUGAAGCUUCUGUACCUCAUAUUCACAACCCCUAGCACGUAUGAAUACUUUUUCACCAAUGACCUUCAUGUCUUGGUCGACAUAUUGAUCCGAAACCUACUUGAUCUACCUGAAGAAGCAGCGGCACUACGGCAUACAUAUCUACGUGUGCUUUACCCGCUUCUGGCUCACACGCAGCUGCAAAACCCACCGCACUACAAACGCGAUGAGCUCCGAAGGCUACUGAGUGAUCUUGUUCGCGGUCAAGUCUCAUAUGGGGCUGACUCAGAACACGAGAAGAUCCUCCAUUUCGAAGAGGUUGAUGAUACAACGCGCCGACUUGUCGCUCGAUGUGCCACAGUCAAAUGGCUUCGAGAUGUUGAACAGCCCUCACAAGCAGAAACACAAGAAACCCUUACUCAAGUGGCAGAAACCACGAUUGACACUGUUCUGGACCAAGCUGAGCAGACUACCUCACCUGUGACGAUCAGUGAGCCAAUGGAUGUUCCACGUACACUCUCGCGAGCAAGCACCAUUGCAAGCUCGCCAGAUACGGCAUCACCCACCAGAAUGGACUCAUGGCACUCUUCCAAUGCACCUGGCAGUCGGAAACAAAGCUUAGUGCAGCGACUUGGCAUGCUAGAACCCGCCUCUGCAUCCUCGCUGAGCGUCCAGGCCGUUGCAGCACAGCACGAAAAGCCAGGCAUUAUCACCCCAAGUCGCAAAGAUGAAAAUGUUGCAGCUGCCCUCAGUGACGAGACACCAAUCAUCCGACCACCGAAAAUCAAACCAGAGCCACCAAAGUCCCGUCGCUGGCGCGGGCGCCGCCUGGCUGCGGACGAGGAGGACCAUCACUCCGCUGGCACCAGCAGCGACGGGAAUACCAUUCCCGAGGGCGUUGAAGUGAGCCCAACCACAGUAUUCACCCCUGUGACCCCUACCCUAUCAUCUCAGGCGAUUCCCGGCGAACGUCGCAACUCAGGCCCAAGUUCCAAUCUUGCACCCCCGAGCCUCCAGCCCCGGCGAUCAGCCUCAAACCCACCCCCUGCCGUCCCGCCUCCUCGUCGCUCAAACCACUCCACGCCCUCUUCAAGUCACCACCGGCCCGUAGCCCCGGUUUCUGGAACGGGCCGGCACGGACAGGCUCCACUCCCACCGAAGACGCGCCGCUGGGGCCGUGGCAAGGCUCAUGGGCAGACUGACUCCGUUGAAAGUGCAGCCAGCAGCGUCAGCCCUUCUAAGGAUCUUGAAUCUUUUGAAAAUUCCGCCGCUCUGGCUCAGCAAGAACCGCCGCCGGACAGCGGUGCGCCCUCUGAUCCAUUCUCGCCGAAGUCUCCGACUUUGUUGGUUUCUCCGGCUACGGACAGUGAGAAUGUUUCACCUGACGGCACCGGCGAUGGUGCACCCCUUAGUGUAGAGGAAGCGGUGCAAAAUGUCUCUUUGCAUUAA